CGUAAACAGAUUCCAAAACUGUCUCAAUGAGCAGGUUUUUAUCGUUUAUUUUUCCUCCAAAAGCUAAUUUCUACCGGUCAAAGUUAUGCAAACUUGGAGUCUCGUAUCCAUUUGUGUUUUGCUGGGCGUUGUUGUGAGAUGGGGAGUUUCGCUAAAUUCUUAUUCAGGGGCGGGGAAGCCUCCCAUGUUUGGCGACUAUGAAGCUCAAAGGCACUGGCAAGAAGUGACCUACAACCUCCCUCUCCAGGAAUGGUACUUUAACACCACAGACAAUGACUUGAACUACUGGGGUCUUGACUACCCUCCUCUUACUGCCUACCACAGCUGGAUCUGUGCUUAUAUAGCCAAGACCAUAAACCCUGAGUGGGUGGAGCUCCACAAAUCCAGAGGUUAUGAAAGCCCAGCACACAAGUUAUUCAUGAGAGCUACAGUCCUGGUGGCAGAUUUGUUGAUAUACAUCCCUGCUGUAGUUUUAUACUGUUUAUACCUGACGGAUGGAUCCCCUAAGAAAAAGGUUUCAACUCUGUUCUGCUUCCUGCUCUACCCAGGACUAAUUCUCAUUGACUACGGCCAUUUCCAGUACAAUGGAGUCAGCCAGGGCUUUGCUCUGUGGGGGGUUCUGGCUCUGGGUCUGGGCUGGGAUGUGUCGGGUUCCAUGGCCUUCUCCCUGGCUCUCAACUACAAACAAAUGGAACUGUACCACGCUCUGCCCUUCUUCUGCUACCUGCUGGGAAAGUGUGUCAAAUUGGGUCUGAUGGGAAGAGGGCUUUUCUUGUUGGUGAGAAUUGCUGUAACAGUGUUGGUGACUUUUGCCCUCUGCUGGCUGCCCUUCCUGUCUGACCUCAACCAGGCCUUGCAGGUGGUUAGGAGGAUCUUUCCCGUGGCUCGUGGUCUGUUUGAGGAUAAGGUGGCAAAUACAUGGUGCAGCUUGAACCUCCUGAUAAAGAUCAGAUCCAUUCUGCCCAGUCAGUCUCAGCUCUACCUCAGUUUUGCCUGCACUCUUCUGGCAGUCCUACCUUCCUCUAUCAGACUUCUGACAAAGCCCACCUUCUGGCAGUUUAAACUGGCCUUGGUCAAUUCGUCUCUGGCAUUUUUCCUCUUCUCCUAUCAAGUCCACGAGAAGUCCAUCCUUUUGGCUGCCUUGCCUGUCUGCCUCCUGCUGAAUGACCUGCCCCUGAUGGUAAUUUGGUUCCUGCAGGCAUCAUCAUUCAGCAUGCUGCCACUGUUUCUGAAGGAUGGUCUGCUGGUGCCCUACGUUGUGACCUCACUGGCCUUCCUCUUCUUCAGCAUCUAUCUCCUGUCUGCACUGGAGCACAGCUCAGAGGAAGAGCUGAGACUGGGUGCCUACCAUAAGCUGUUCUUCUGCCUACCCAAAAUGGACCUGGCGUGUAUAGUGAGAUGGAAGUUCUACAUCAGCGUUGCAGCCAUGGCUGGUUUGAGCAUUGCGUUUGUAGUUCUGGUCCCGCCGCCACAUCUACCUGACUUGUUUCCUGUGUUGGUGUCAACCACUGCUUGCGUGCACUUCCUGGGGACAUUUAUAUAUUUCAACAUUGUCCAGUUCAGCGGGCCACCCAGCAGAAAGAACCAGAAGAAGAACAACUGAAUGAUGCAAAUUGCCAAACCACAAGUUUUUGAACUCAUUUUGCUUCAGGAAAGCCAGUGUUACACUUUGGGGUAUAUCUCCUCUUAACGUGCAUGAAGCCUUUCACUCGCUCCAUCAUGUUCCAAAUACAAAUAGCACAGUGCUUAUUAAGGCAUUGUGUUGGCUAGAAAAUUUACUGUACUACAAAAUGCCGAUUCAGAGAAGCUGUGACAUCAAGUGAAAGGAAAGGGUACUGGUAUUUUUGGACCAACUAAUUUUGUGAAAUUAUAAAAUGAAUAAAACAUCACUCAAGUCAGCUUUUACUCAAAGUAUUUCUCCAUUAACCACAUAAACUAGUUCAUGUGAAAUGGGCUAUACCUCCAUUCUUGAAUUAUUUUUGUUUGGACCAUUGCUACUGGGCUAUUUCGGCCAUUUGGCGACAUCACAAGUAAACAUGCAGUAGACGAGCAAUGUACAGCCCACACAUUUGACUUCAGAUAGCUCAGUGUCUGUAAGCUCAAGCUACAGGAGAUGGCCACAAUAAUAGGAACACCUGCUGUAAUGUUAUGUUAAGACCUUGUCGGAGAGGUGCCGAUUUAAUUUUUUGAUAAUGCUUAAAGCCAUAGUGGUGGUGUUAGAUUUAAUGAUAUUGUAAGGUGUUCAAGUUAUUUUGUCCACCCCCAGUACCUCCCUUGGGGAUUGUGAUUAAACUCACAAAUGAUGGGACUGUACUCAGGUCUAUUAGUAAUAGUUGUUCAUUCUCUAUUCAUGUGGAAUGUUUUUUUUACGGUUUUCUACUGUAUAUUUUUAUCCAUCAUUGAAGUUAUUUUGUACAAAGUUAGUUUUUGUGAAAAUAAAUAAAAAUUCUCAAUGA